UCCUUCGACCCACUGUUAAUGCCUGUUAGCUGGUUGGCAGGUAUCAGCGACGUACGCAGUCUGUUGUGGUAGAAUGAGCCCCAAAGAUGACAGAUAUGACCUGAUGAUAACAACAUCUGACUUCCUGCAUCAUCCCAGCUCUGUCGGAUAGGACAGCUCUCACUCACCUUACCAUCUGCCGCAAGGACUGUUGUUUUCCCCCAGUGUCACCCCCACCCAUACCCUGAGUCUGCCACGUCCUCAUCCUUCCUCCAACUAGCUGAACAGCACCAGACCAACACUGAGCCUCUGCCAACAUCCUUCCAACCAGAAGAAACAAUGUAUUGUCUACAGUGGCUUCUUCCUGUGCUUCUCAUCCCCAAACCGCUCAACCCAGCACUGUGGUUCAACCACUCCAUGUUCAUGGGCUUCUACCUGCUCAGCUUCUUGCUGGAGAGGAAGCCAUGCACCAUCUGUGCCUUGGUCUUCCUGGCUGCCCUCUUCCUCAUCUGCUACAGCUGUUGGGGCAACUGCUUCCUGUACCACUGCCAGGAUGCCUCGCUGCCGAACGCUGCCCACGACCCAGCAAUUGUCGGGACUUAGGAGGGAAAGAGGGAGACGUAUUACAGAGGGGGGAGGGGAAGUCAUGAAGGCUGAUUGAAAUUGCUGAGAAUUACUGUAGAAUGAUAUUGUCAUGCUGAAAAAGGGGGAAGACUACACUUUUUUGGAUGGGAUAGUGGUGUUCAAAGACUGUUGGAGGGUUGUAGCUCCAGCAGACAAUACAGAGAGUACUUGCACAGUGGUGGUACUGAGGAGGAGAAGAAGAGACAGUAAUGGAGUUUGGUUUAACCAUGCUGUAAAGAAAAACAGAUUUAAAUUAAACACAGAGGAGACAUUAUGAGAACAUUUACAUAUGAGGCAAGGGAAGUGAAGGACACAUGUUAACUCGACGAGAGACUAAUUUUAUUUUCAGCAAAUUUUUAUUUCACUAUUUGAAUGAAAACUGGACAAUAUAAAUAUAUGUAUGUGGAUACAACACAGGUGACAUCAACCUUAAGUGAUUGUUGUGUUUUAGUUUUCAGUAUUUUGGCUCCUUUCUGCCCCACUUUCUCCAACUUUUGGUCGGGUCAGCCCUUUUGAACGAAAACCUUCUCGACAUCAGACUGCCAAACGUCACCUGACACUGAAAUCUGCCGAUGGAGCUCUGAUGACGUUGCCAUCACUCUGAAGGGCUCCCGUUAAUUGACAGACCUUUCAGGUCGUGUCAACCUGCCUUUCAGAGUCUGUCAUUACCAAACUGUUGCCCACUACAGCUCUGCACACAUAAGGCUACCCGUCAGAAGGAGAGCUCACUAAACACUGGACAAUCAAUAACUGUGCUGUGAAAAAUUCCCCCUUUGCUGCAUUGCCCCAUUCAAACACACACGCACACAGGUGUAAUAAUGCUGAGUAACUGUCCUGUUGUUUUUACCCACCGUGCUCUGCAGCUGCCCCUCUCAUCUCCUCUCUCUUGCCUCAGAGUGGCCAUCGCCUAAGAUUCACAAUCUUAUUCCAUCUGUUGUUUUUCUAACUCAUGCAUAAGUUGACCUUGGUUUUUUUAUGCAUUAAGUUCAUACGCAGAUUUUAGUAAAUUCAAACAAAAUGCUGAAAGUUUCCAAAGGGUAUCCAAAUCUGUGUGGAUGUAUGUGUGGGGCGAAUAGAAGACUGUGUUUUGUGUGACAGAAGUUUUUUUUGGCGUGUGUGUUCAUGACAUGCUGAUUUGUCAAAAAAAACAUGGUCAUACUCCAGAAACAAGCAGUUGGUGGUCUGUAUUUCCAGCAACAAUAAGCAAUACAGAGUGGAAAGCUGGACGAGGAAGUGCUUUCAAGUCUUCUCUGGCCAUCAAAAGGGCAGGAGAUGUUUUAUCACUGCUGUAAGUGUUAUGUUAAGCUGUCGGACACAAGCAAGGUGUUUGUUCCAUGUAUCUACUGGUGUGUGUGUGUGUGUUUGUGUGUGAGGAUAUGUGUGUGUAGCUUUAUGUAGCAGUGCAGAACAUGCUCACUGCUACAUGAUUGCUUUGGUUUUAAUUUAAAUAAAGGCUUUUUCCUCUCAA